AUGACCACUGUAGAAGUCCCCAACGAAAUGAUUGACGCUAGCAGCAGCAGCAGCAUUGCUGAAGCUAACGACAACAACAACAACAACAACAAUGAUGCCAAGCGCAAACUCACCAGUGUCAUCUCCAGUCCCGAGCUUAACACAGCUGCUGCUCCUGUUGCUGAACCACAAGCUGCACCCAAGCCACAGCACAACCGAACCUUGUCUCACUCUGUCAGUUUCAUUGGUGGACUGGACGUUGCCGAGCCCAAGGGACGCUUUUAUGCUUCCGACAUUCCAUCCAACGCUGUCAAUCUAUGCAGUGCUUCGUUUGGAGCUCGAGUUUUGUUUGCAACCGAUGAAUGGUUUGCCAAGGCGGACAAUCUCCUCAAGGAUUCCGAAGCCGAAUUUGAUGAGGAUGCCUAUUGCGAACAGGGCAAAGUCAUGGAUGGUUGGGAAUCUCGUCGCCGACGCGAAGAAGGCCACGACUGGUGCCUCGUCCAAUUGGGUGUCCCCUAUUGGACCUCGGCGGCACCACUGUCCACCAAGUCCCAAACCUCCAAGCUACAGUUGGUGGGCAUUGAAUUGGAUACCGCUCACUUUACGGGCAAUCAAACUCCCCAAGUCAGCAUUGAACUGGCAUCUGCAGUGACCAAUCCGGUUUCUGUCAUUGAACAAUUGCCCAAUGGUGUCCAACGAUUGUUGGCGGGUGGACGCCAGGGUACGGGACACAACCCAACCGAAGUACAACAAGCCAAGGAUGCGAUUGCGGCGCUGAAAUUUACGGAAAUUUUGCCACGAUCUCCCCUGAAACCAGGACACGAAGCGACUCGCUAUCACUACUUUCCUCUCAGCGAACCUUUGGAACUUGAGCAUGAUGCCAAGUCACCAACUUGGGUCAAGCUCAAUUACUUUCCCGAUGGUGGAGUCGCACGCAUGCGAUUCUGGGCCGUGGAAGUCAAGGAAGAAUCCGAACAAGACGCGGCAGUGGUGGAGGAACCAGCUACGAAAAAACAAAAGAUUACCGAAACGGUAGAUCUUUACAUGCCCAUUACCACUGGUCCCGUGUGCACCGUGGUCUCGCAUACUUCCACCAAAGGAGAACUGCCAUCUCGUGUGGCAGCCAAGGAAUUCCUAGAAGUAUCCUGCGAUGUCAAUGGCGGCAAGGGUGUCGCUUGCUCCAACAAGCACUAUGGAGAACCAUGGAGACUGAUUCAACCAACCCUCGGCGGGGGCAUGUGGGAUGGUUGGGAAACCGCCCGACAUUCUCACCGACCUUCGGUGAUUCAAUCCUGUCCCACCACGAAGCUCAUGGAUACUCCACUGAAUGAUUGGGCCAUUUUGAAAUUGGGCAAGCAGGCCACAGAAAUCAAAAAGAUUAUUUUGGAUACCAAACACUUUUUGGGAAAUUAUCCAGAAAGUAUUUUGCUGGAAGGUUGCUACCUUGACAGCAAGGAAGGUGACGAAGAGUCUUUUUGGAAGUCUUCGGCCUCGGACUCUUUGAAAUGGUUCCCAUUGGUGUCUCGGACUCGCAUGUCGCCCAAUGCCGAACAUGAGUUUUGCCAAGAUCAAAUCCAAAAUACCAAGUCUCCUGUAACCCAUGUUCGACUCUCUAUCUACCCAGACGGUGGAUGCAGCCGCGUCCGGGUGUAUGUUUAA